AUGCCAUCGACACCAUCGCUCAAGAAGGCCUGCACAAUUCGCAACACGAUCGGCAUUAAGUCUUCUAAGCGUAAAAGUCGACUCAAAUUUGACUUUCCCAUUGAAACGCUAGUAGCGCUCUCGCAGUUUCGUCAAGAUGAAGCGGCAAAGAUACUUGGCGUAGCAUCGAUCACGCUGAAGCGUAACUGUCAACGACAAAAGUAUCGGUGGCCGUAUCGUACAAUCAAGGCCCAGCGCCGUCGUGAAGCUCGCCUCACCGCCCAGAAGACGAACGUCGACAAAGCAUUUACAUGUCCAUCUUCGCCGCCUCCGCAACUCCUACUUUCGCUGAAGAGCGCGUCUCUAUUCAGCACGUCCCCAUCAUCGAUCAGCAGUCUAGUACCUUCGGUCAUUUCAUCUUCAAAACCAAUGGCGCGGCCUCAAUUUUCACGUGCGCACGAAUCCACGACAUCCAAGCUACCACAGCUACCACCACUGAAAUUGCUCUUGCGAUACAUCAAAAUGCAGUCACGACUAACUACUUCGCUCUGUUUGACUACCACACAAUCAAUGCAACACCUAGUUGAGCACACCAACUUGUAUGACAGUGCGUCAUUCCACCCAACAGAACCGAAUGUUCUUUCGGAAAGUCUGUCUGCCCCAUUUAAUCAUUGCCAGUGUCAAGCACGUCUACCAUCUAUUGACACUAUGCAGGCAUAUUACAAGAACUUUUAA